ACAGGGAUGUUUACACUUGCUUAAUAUUCCGCGCGUCAUAAACCACUGCUAAGGAAUUUUCCUGAUUGAAGUGAAGUGAACGAAUUGAAAAACUGUAAGAAGUGUAAAUAUAAGCACGUGCUUUUGUCAGAAGUAUGCAAUCGAGCAUUUAAAAGAUUGUUUAUUUAGUUUGCAAAUAUGGAACAUCAGAAUAAAAAGCACAGUCUUGAACAAACUUCACAUGUUAAACGUAAAAAAAGAGAAGUACAUGCUUUAGAUGCAAGUAUAAAUGAUGUUUACAUGGAAUCUAGCUUUAUUACAUCAAUUUCUGGAGCAUUUUGCCAAAAAGAAGCUGAAACUUAUGAUAAUGGUGCAAAGAUUGUUAAUGAACCAUUUACAUGUUGUGUAUUACCGAAUUUUAUAAAAUCAGAUGAUUACCUCAUCAAGUUGAGAAAUGAUAUUAGUAGACUGGAAAUGGAUGAUAAAGUGAAUGAUUUAUAUCAGUUUAAACAGUCGAAAGACUUAGGGAGCUGUUUGAGUCAAUCUGUUUCUGUACUUAAAAAAUUGCUAUAUGAGGAUUGCUUGGAAUGGAUGAAAAAAGUUACAAACAUAGAUCUAAUGGAUAAAAUUGAUAUGUCUUGCUCUCUGUAUUCUUACACAGAUCACUUACUUUGCCAUGAUGAUGAGCUAGAAGGCAGGAGAAUAGCUUUUAUUUUUUACUUAGUUCCAAAAUGGGAAGAAAGUGAUGGUGGAAGAUUAGAUUUAUUUGCAAAUGAUAAUGGUCAACCAACAGAAAUAUGUACAUCAUUUAUACCAUUAUGGAAUAAUUUCAUAUUUUUUGAAGUUAGUCCAGUUUCUUUUCAUCAGGUCUCGGAAGUUCUUUCAGAUAAAACUAGGAUUUCAGUCAGUGGAUGGUUCCAUGGUCCAGCACUUAAAUCAUCUGUUCCAUUGAAAGAAACAGUAUUGUUCAGUCUUCCUUCGCCAGUUUCUGUUAAUAUUACAGACUGGAUUAAUCCUUUGUAUUUUGAUGCAGCUACACAGAAAUUUCAUGAAAUAAUUAUUGAUACUUCUGUUCCUGCAAUCUUAAAAGAAUGUCAAAAUUUAUUCUGUUCAGAACCUGUUUUUCUUCUUUUGUCAAAUAUAACUGGAUUGAAAUUGCAUCCACUUUGUGAAGAUGUUGAUGGUGAUGAUGAGGGCAGUGGUGGUUAUCAUCGUGAUAGCAUGGGAAAGGUUUCUUCAAGUAUACGGAAGUGGAGUCAUGGCUCAUAUACAUUAUUGCAUGAUCAAUCAUUUACUCAAAGUUCUUUUCUAAAUGCUCAGCUAUAUUUCAAUUGCUCUGAAUGGGAUCCUGAGUUUGGAGGUUAUACUAGUUAUGUUGCUGAAUAUGAAAAUGAAGAGCUUCUUCAAACAGAUCCAAAGCCUAAUUCUUUGGCAUUAGUAUAUAUAACAGAAGGCACUUCACACUUCACAAAAUAUAUCAAUCAUCGUGUUACUGAGCAACCUGUACCCUUUUUUCACGAUAUUUUUGCGGUGUACAUAGAAUAAAAUAUCUUUUAUUUACUGUU